CUCCAAGUCGAAGGAGGGCAUGGUCUGGGCGAAGAAGGAGAACUUUGCCGACUGGUACACGGACGUCAUCACCAAGUCGCAGAUGAUCGACUACUAUGACAUCUCGGGCUGCUACAUCUUGCGCCCGUGGUCGUACGAGAUCUGGGAGCACAUCCAGGCGUACUUGGACGCCAAGUUCAAGUCGAUUGGUGUCAAGAACUGCUACUUCCCCAUGUUUGUCACGAGCGAGAAGCUCAACCGCGAGAAGGACCACUUGGAAGGCUUUGCCCCCGAAGUCGCUUGGGUCACCAAGUCGGGUGACGCCGACCUCAAGGAACCCAUUGCGAUCCGCCCGACGUCCGAGACCAUCAUGUACCCGGCCUUCAAGAGCUGGAUCCGCAGUCACCGCGACCUGCCCGUGCGCCUCAACCAGUGGUGCAACGUUGUCCGCUGGGAGUUUAAGAACCCGACGCCGUUCAUCCGCACGCGCGAGUUCUUGUGGCAGGAAGGCCACACGGCCCACGCGACCAAGGAAGGCGCCGCGAAGGAGGUCAUGCAGAUCCUCGAGUUUUACGCCGGCGCGUACGAGGAGCUCCUCGCCGUGCCCAUGAUCAAGGGCAAGAAGUCGGAGAAGGAAAAGUUUGCCGGCGCCGACUACACGACCACGAUCGAGGGCUUCAUUCCGUCGACGGGCCGCGGUAUCCAGGCUGCGACGUCGCACCACCUCGGCCAGAACUUUGGCAAGAUGUUUGGCAUCUCGGCCGAAGACGACCAGGGCCAGAAGCUCAUUCCGUACCAGAACUCGUGGGGCUUUACGACGCGCUCGAUCGGCGUCAUGAUUAUGAUCCACGGCGACGACAAGGGUCUCGUGCUUCCGCCCCGCGUCGCGCCGCUUCAGGCCGUCAUCAUCCCGAUCCCGGUCACGGACAAGGACGAGACGGACAAGAUCCACGACAAGGGUGACGAAGUCCUCGCGUACCUCCAGGAGGCGGGCAUCCGCGGCGAGGUCGACCACCGCCGCCUGUACACGCCCGGCUGGAAGUACAACCACUGGGAGCUCAAGGGCGUGCCGCUCCGCCUCGAGCUCGGCCCCAAGGACAUCCUCAAGCAGCAGGUCCGCGUCGUGCGUCGUGACACGAACGAGAAGAUUGACAUUGCGUUCACGGACCUCAAGACCAAGCUCCCGGCGCUCCUCGAGACGAUCCAGAAGGAGAUGCUCGAGCGUGCGCGCAAGGAGCGCGACAACUGCAUCCGCAUCGUGACGCAGUGGUCGGACUUUGUCAAGACCAUUGCCGACGGCUGCAUGGUGCUCACGCCCUUCUGCAACGAAAUCGAGUGGGAGGAGGUGGUCAAGACGCGCAGCCGCGAAGAGUCGCUCGCGAUCCUCGGCGAGGACGGUGAGGCCGACAACACGGCGACGAGCGUCGCGGCCAAGAGUCUUUGCAUGCCGUUUGAGAACAACGAGAUGCCGAUGGAGCCCGGCACCAAGUGCUUCGUCUCGGGCAAGGACGCCAAGUGCUGGAUCUUGUGGGGCCGCAGUUAUUAAGCCCCUUUGCAACACGACUGUGCUGCUUUGUUUUGUACACGA